AUGGUUUUCUUGAUAGUGCAGCCGCCUGUGAAACCAGAAGUCGAGCUUUUGGUGGAGCCAACGCUCAGUGAAUUUCCUCGCGAGUCUCAGCGCCCGUCCUUCUUCACCUGGACCAUCCCCGAGGGCACGCCGCCGGGCAUACGCGUGGCGCCGGACCGCCUGCUGCACGACCAACACACCCGCGAUGUGGCCUGCUUCAUGACGAAGGUCCAGAUGCACCCGCAGCACCUGACCAACGAGAUCCAGUCUCGCCGAGGCCAGGGCAGCUUCUUUAGCCGCCUGUGCGGGGCUCAGCCGAAAGGCCGCAACCGCUGA